CUGUGCCGGCGGCACAAGGUGGGGAUCCUCUACUGCAAGGCCGGGCAGAGCUCGGAGGAGGAGAUGUACAACAACGAGGCCGCCGGGCCCGCGCUCGACGAGUUCCUCACGCUCCUCGGAGAGAAGGUGUCCCUCAAGUCCUUCACCAAGUACGCGGCGCAGCUGGACACCAAGACCGAUUCCACGGGCACGCACUCGCUCUACACCACGUACCAGGACUAUGAGAUCAUGUUCCACGUGUCCACCAUGCUGCCCUACACGCCCAACAACCGCCAACAGCUUCUCCGGAAGCGCCACAUCGGCAACGACAUCGUCACCAUCAUCUUCCAAGAACCCGGCGCGCUGCCCUUCACGCCCCAGAACAUCCGCUCCCACUUCCAGCACGUCUUCAUCAUUGUCCGCGCCCACCAGCCCUGCUCCGACAACGUCUCCUACAGCGUCGCCGUCACCCGCUCCAAGGACGUCCCUCCCUUCGGCCCCCCGGUGCCGCCGUCCGGCGUCACCUUCCGCCGCUCCGACCUCUUCCGCGCCUUCCUCUUGGCCAAAGCCAUCAACGCCGAGAACGCCGCCCACAAAUCCCACAAAUUCCGCACCAUGGCCACCAGGACUCGCCAGGAAUAUCUGCGGGAUUUGGCGGAAAAUUACGUCACCAACACCCCCUUGGACACGGUUGGGAAGUUCAACCUCAUCUCCUUGGCUUCCAAAAAGAAGGAGAAAUCCAAAGCGCGGCCGUUGGCGGAGUUGGAAAGCGCCGGCGCCGUUUCUUGGCGCGUUUCCGCUUUGGAUUUCGGCCGCGGCGGGGCGGAGAUUCCGUGCGUUUUGGGGAUUUCCAAGGAAUUUGUGGUUUUGGUGGAUUUGGGAGCCAAGGAAGUUGUUUUUAAUUGUUUCACCGGGGAUGUGAUCGGGUGGAGCGCCGAGGGAACGGCGUUGAGGAUCUACCACGGGCGCGGGGACCUGGUCAGCGUCAGGGUGGGAGCGGGAGCGGAGGAAGGAGCGGAGGGAGCGGCCGAGGAGGUCAAGGAGAUCGUGCAGAGGUUGAAGAUGACCACGCCGGGUUGCGCCACGGUGGACAUGACGCUCCGACGCAACGGCUUGGGCCAACUGGGCUUCCACGUCCACCCCGACGGCAGCGUGGCCGAGGUGGAGGAGUACGGCUUCGCCUGGCAGGCCGGGCUGCGGCGCGGCAGCCGCCUGCUCGAGGUGUGCAAGGUGGCCGCCGUGGCCCUGAGCCACGAGCAGAUGAUCGACCUCCUGCGCACCUCGGUCACCGUCACCGUGGUCAUCGUGCCGCCGCACGAGGAUGGGACACCCAGGAGGUUGGUGGUGUGGGUGGUUUUGAUGAUGGUUGGGUGCCAUUGGUGACAUCUGGAUGUUCUGGAGGACAUUGGUGCCAUCUUGGUGCCAUUGGUGCCAUCUGAGUGUCUUGGGUGCCAUUGGUGCCAUUGGGAUGUUGUGAGUGCCAUCGGUGCCAUUGGUGACAUCUGAAUGUCUUGGGAGACGUUGGUGUCUUUGGGGUGACACAUGUCUCAUUGGUGCCAUCUUGGUGUCUUGGGUGCCAUUGGUGACAUUUGAGUGCCAUUGAUGACCUUGGUGCCAUCUUGGUGCCAUUGGCACCAUUUGGGUCUCUUGAGUGCCAUUGGUGCCAUUGGGUUGUUGUGGGUGCCAUUGAUGGCACUUGAGUGUCAUGGAUGCCAUUGG